GAGCGCGAGCCGCCAGGAGCCGGCGGCGAGCGGGCGUCCCUGCAGCCAGCGAGCAGGAGGAGGAGCCGCCGCCGCGCCAGGGGCAGCCGGGGGAGCCGAGGAGGGCGCCCCAGCCCCCCUUCCCGUUUCCCCAUCUCGCAGCCGGGGCCCGCAGCCACUCCAGGUAUGUGUAGUAGAAGUCUUGGGCGGGCCCUGGCCUGUCCUGUGAGGAGGGAACAUUCCAGGAAGCAGCCUUGGGGACCCAGGGCUUCUUGAGUGUGGGCCCUCAGGGACCCGGGUGUCCAGGCCAGCCCCGCCCCCACUCUUUCUGGGAGAUGAAUGGGCUGAGGAGGAUGUAAUCUUUUCCAGCCGCCUCCAUCCGCAGCCUCCCCCCACCCCCAUCUGCUUCCCAUCCCAGCCAGGAGCCAUCACCUGGGCAGGGAAGGGGCCUCUGGGAAGGGGGCACAGCCUUGACUUUUGGGUCCCCUACAUUUUAAGAGGAACACCGGGAAGGGCAGUGUUCAGGGGUUCAGGCCCCCUCCCCCACCUGCCUAUAUAACUUGCCCAUUCACUUCUUCCCCUAGGUGGUUGCCCCCUCCCUCUCCUGAGAUGUCAGGAAGGAGGGGGCCACCUCUGUCCCCCACAGGGGCCCCCCGGAGUCUGGGGGCCCCCAGCCCGGGAGCUCGCAGGUGGAGGAGGUGCUGACAGGUGCUCAGAGAGAUGCUCCCCCACCUCUCAUGCUCCCUCCCCAUCCUCUUACUUUUCCUCCUCCCCAGCGUCCCAGUGGAGCCCCAUCCCCCGCCCUUGCCACUGCCCCCAUUUCCAGCCCCUGAGUGGGACCUCCUGUCCCCGCGAGUAGCCCUGUCCAGGGGCGCCCCCGCGGGCCCCCCUCUGCUCUUCCUGCUGGAGGCCGGGGCCUUCGGGGAGCCAGCAGGCAGCCCGGCCAACCGCAGUCGGCGGGGCGUGAGCGAGACAGCCCCAGCGAGCCGCCGGGGAGAGCUGGCCGUGUGCGAUGCGGUCAGCGGCUGGGUGACAGACCGCCGGACGGCCGUGGACCUGCGUGGGCGCGAGGUGGAGGUGCUGGGCGAGGUGCCCGCGGCUGGUGGCAGUCCCCUUCGCCAGUACUUCUUCGAGACCCGCUGCAAGGCUGACAGCGCCGGGGAAGGCAGCCCCGGUGGGGGUGCAGGGGGCUGCCGGGGUGUGGACCGGAGGCACUGGGUGUCCGAGUGUAAGGCCAAGCAGUCCUAUGUGCGGGCAUUGACCACCGAUGCCCAGGGCCGUGUGGGCUGGCGAUGGAUUCGAAUUGACACUGCCUGUGUCUGCACGCUCCUCAGCCGGACUGGCCGAGCCUAGGCCCAUGCCCGGGAACUGGGCAGGCAGAGGAAGAAAACUGGAUGCUGAGGGACCUCAGG